AUGCCUGCAUCAAUUGGUGUUAAUUUACGUGUCACUGGCCACUGUAGCCAAGGUGGUAGAAAGUAUAUGGAAGAUUUGUUUUCCGUUGCGUAUCAACAAACGGAAGAUGAGAGGGACUUGGAGUAUGCUUUCUUCGGAAUAUACGAUGGCCAUGGGGGUGGUGAAGCUGCAGCCUUUGCUAAGGAGCAUUUAAUGGACUCAAUAGUUAAGCAACGACAGUUUUGGUCUGACAAUGACGAGGAUGUGCUCAAAGCUAUUAGAAAUGGUUACAUGUUGACCCACUUGAACAUGUGGAAAGAAGUAGAAAAAUGGCCCAAAACAGUAACAGGGCUGCCAAGCACUGCAGGAACGACUGCCAGUGUGGCAUUUAUACGGCGUGGGAAAAUUUACAUUGGGCAUGUAGGGGAUUCUGCAAUUGUACUGGGCUAUCAAAAAGAUGGUUGUGAUGAUUGGGCUGCUAAGCCAUUAACUUUAGACCACAAACCAGAGUCUACUGCAGAAAUUGAACGCAUUCAGAGAUGUGGUGGUAAAGUCAUAUCAAAAGCUGGUGUGCCUAGGGUUGUAUGGAACAGACCUCGCCUAGGUCACAAGGGACCAAUUAAAAAGAAUACUCCAAUGGAUGAAAUCCCAUUUCUAGCGGUAGCACGUUCACUAGGAGAUCUGUGGAGUUACAAUCCUCAAAGCGACGAAUUUAUUGUCAGCCCUGACCCUGAUGUAGGAGUGCUGACUAUAGAUCCCACAAAGUUUAGGUGCCUUAUUUUUGGCACUGAUGGUUUAUGGAAUAUGAUAUCACCUGAAGGUGCUGUUAGUUUAGUACAAGCCACUGAAAAACAUAAUGAAGCAGCUUUGGUGGGAGGUGGAGGAAACCAACCAAGAGACUGGCUCAAUCCUUCUAAAAGCUUAGUUGAUCAUGCUCUAGAGAGGUGGUCUAAUACCCGUAUGAGAGCUGACAACACAUCUGUGGUAACAUUAAUGUUAGACCCGCCAGGCCCACCCAGGGCGACGGUGUUACGUUCUAGAACAACAGCCCAGAAACCACAAUCUACAAUACCAUCGACUGUUCCUGCUUCCAACGUCAGUGUCCCUCCACCACCUGCUAAAACCGAGGAACCGAAAUCUGACGCCGCAGUUGAAAGUGACGCACGGCAAGUGCCACAAAAUGGGCUCACAAUCAUGACAAGAUACUCUGAUGUGGAUAAGUCUGUUCCAUCAACAGAAGAGCCUGAUAAAACCGCACCUCUCCCACCAUGUGCAACUCUCGAUGGCAGAUUUUCUGUCGGCCACAGGGAGGAAAGUAAUCGGGAGGAAGACAAUAGUGCAGAAGGGGAAGCUAUUAGUAAUUAUGGGAAUCCAGCAGAGUCAUAUUUCAUGGCCCGAUUGUUAAGUCGAUCCCGUAUAGUUAACACACUAUCUGAGGUCUUUGCCGAAAUUGUGAAUGGACAAUCUUUAAGAAAUAAUUGUGAAAACCGAGUGGUAUCGCCACCCGUCGCUACUGAGCUGCCGGAGACGGGAGCAGGUGACGUCAGCGGCGCGCGCGUGCCGCCGCCCCCGCCCACCGCGCCGCCCGAACCUGGGGGGGCGGGGCCCGCCGGUGACGCGGACGACGUGCGCAUACAGAUCAACGAGGUGUCCUCCAGCUCGCCCACUGAAGCGCCGCCUCGCGCCCGCACCCGCCGCCACCGUGGCGACGCGCGGCGCGACCAGCCCGUGCCCGACCGCGUGCUGCGCUCGCACCACGAGCCCGACGCGCCGCCGCGCCCGCGCACGCGCCUCACGGCCGCGCGCGUCCCGCCCGCGCCCGCCGCGCCCGCGCCGCUCGACCGCGUCGUGAUACUCACGCGGCGCGCGCCCGCCCCCGAGCCGCGCGCGCCGCCCGACGCCGACGAGCUUCGGCGCGCCACGCGCUCGCAGCACGCUGCGCGCGCGCCGCCCGCGCCCCCGGGAAACUCGGCGCGCGCCCCGGGGCCGGUGCGGCGGGCCCCGGCGGCGCGGCGCGAGGCGGCGCGGGCGCGCUCCAAGGAGAACCUCGGCGUCGCACGCCGCCGCGCGCGCGCCUGCGCCGCGGGCCCGUCGCCGCCGCGCCCGCCGCCGCCGCGCCGUCGCGCCGGUAGCGCCGGCGAAGAGGUGCACUCCACCACGGGCGAGGCGGUGGCGGAGCGCGCACUGCGGUCGCGCAACGAGCCGGCCGCGCCGAGCGGGGCGGGCGGCGCGGGCGCGGGCGGCGGCAAGGCGGCGCGCGUGUCGGCGGAGCGCUGCGCGCGCUCGCUGGGCAAGCGCUCGCUGCCGUGGGCGCCGGCGCUGGCGCUGCGCAACCGCCUGCGCCGGCGUCUGGGCAAG